AUGGGGCAGACACUUCUACCCUGGGUCCUCCGAUAUCUCAAAUACCACGGCCAAGGGAGACGAGAUUUCGAUAAUCGGUUGAAUCAGCAAGACAUCAUACUUACUACGUACGGCACAGUGAUGGCUGAACGCCGUCGCGGCAACAGUCCCUUGCACCAAAUCGACUGGUAUCGACUUGUCUUGGACGAAGCACAUACCAUUAGAAACUGGUCCAGCAAGCAGUUCACUGCCGUGCACAGUAUUUCUUCUCAGAGGCGCUGGUGCCUUACCGGCACACCGAUUCAAAACUCGCUUGACGAUCUUGGGUCGCUCGUCAAGUUCCUGAACAUGCCACUCUUCAGCGAACCAGCGAUAUUCAGGAAAUACGUAACCAAGAUCCGAUGCCAUGAAGGUUCAACAAAAGCAGAUUUCCAAAAUCUUCGACUUAUCCUAUCUGCAAUAUGCCUUCGCCGAAACAAGGUAAUUCUGCCGGGCCAGGAACACGAAACGGAGAAUCGGCGCCCUAGCUUCACUCCUGAGGAACGAACCCAAUAUCGCAGCAUAGAACUUGCAUGUAAACGGGCUCUUGAGGUAGGUAGCAAGGGUUAUGGUAACGAAAAAACUCAUCAUAUGGUGAUGGAAGCAUUGCUCCGUCUGAGGAUGUUCUGCAACAACGGUCUCGACGACCCCAACCGUGCCAGGGCUGCGGUGUUGAGUUCUCCCUCUCGUCCUGAUGAGAUACUUAGCUUCCUUCAACAGAGCGGCGAAGCCAUCUGCGCACACUGUUCAGUUGAUGUUCUCUCUAUCGGAAGCCCAUCUGAUCCAGAUGCGGGAUCUCUGACUCCUUGCUGGCGUGUUAUUUGUGGCGAAUGCACGCAACAACACCGAAGUGAGCCAGGAAACGAGAAGGCCUAUAUUUGUUCUUUUUGCCGUGAGAAGCACAGCAUAGGAACUGACCCCGAGGAUGACCAGGCUCUUAGGCUGUCUGGUGAGAGGCAGUAUCCAUCCAAAGUCCGGGAGCUCGUUGAGGAUGUUCAGGCUCACUAUUUGCAAGAUAAAUGGUAA